GCAUAGAACUUAGAAGCCUCUCCGUAUCUCUCUCCGGGCAAGCUCCCAGAAAUUUCAACCUCUAACAACCCUCUUCGUUGUGGUGUCACAUAUUUUUAUCCUUGUAAUGUUUCUGCUUUAUCUUUGACUUGGAAAACUUUUCUUUAUGUUUUCAAAGGGCUCAGCGACAGCGACCCGCAAGAGAGAAGGCAAAAAAGAAAAAGAACAGAGAAACUGCCGAGUUCUAAAGAAAAUGAGGUAUCUCGAGUCUCCAACCCCGCCCGCCAAUGCGGAAUAAAUAAACGAAGUCGACGCAAAUGGAGAGGAAAUGAACGAAGAUGUCAACCAUGAGUUGAGAAAGAAGACUUAACUAGCCAUUUACAUACGGUUUCGGUUGAGUUAUACAUGGCAGAGCUCCCCAAUUUUGACGAGAUUGUCGCAGAACGACUUACGGAGAAGAACAAGCAAGAUUGGUUUGAAUGGGUUAAGAACUACCUAAUAUCUCAAGAUCUCUGGGAAGUAACAAGUGGUAGUAGCGCAAGACCAGACGAGAAUGUGGAAGAUUUUGCUAGAUGGCGAAGAAUCAAUGCUGUAGCAUUGCAUGUCAUUCGUGUCUCUUGUGGGCCUAACAAUCACUCUCGUAUAAGAGGUGCUUCUGAAGCUAAAGUUGCAUGGGAUAUUCUCUAUCGAGCUUACAUAGCACCAGAUUCUCCUCCCAGAGUGAUGACAGAAGUAGUAGAUUUUGAUAUGGCUAUUUUGUACAAGGCUAUAUCUGAGAACAACUGGUCUGCUGCGAAAGAAUUCAUUGAUCACCAUCCUAGGGCCUUGGACGAAGAGCUUGCAGCUUUAACAGGAGAAACACCUCUCCAUGUGGCUGUAAAGUUUGGGCAUGUGCGCAUGGUAGAGGAGUUGGUGAGAUUAGUCCCACCACAAUACCUUAAAAUACUUGAUGCUCAUGGCUAUACUCCACUUGGAAUUGCUGCAUCACAUAGGGGAAUCAUUCCAGUAGCGAAAUGCUUGGUCGAGAAAAACAGCAGUGUACUUGCUAUUCGCAAUGGAGACCUUAAACUGAUUCCUGUUACAUUGGCUUUUCGUGUUGGCCUUAAUGAAAUGGGACGUUAUCUCUAUUCUGUCACUCCUUUGCAAGUCUUCAAACCAGAAAAUGGCUCUCUGGGUCCUUCGUUUCUCAGAGGCUGUUUCAUUACUGGAGAUCUUGAUAUUGCCUUGGAUUUACUUCAACGAUGUGAAGAGCUGAUUUUUACGGCUGAUUUUGGGUAUUCAACAAUUGAGAACAUUGCAUUCUAUCUUUCUGAUUCUCUCAACAAAAGUCAACUUUGGUUCUGGAAGCAAUGGAUUUAUCGCUAUAUCAAAAUACCAUCAACCACGGCCACUAAUCAUUUCUGUGUAGACAUGCAACAAGAAGGCGAGAUGAGUGACAGAGCCAAAGGACUAACUCUACUACGCUGGCUCAUGUCCCUCACUUGUAAUUUGUCUGGAAUGAGGGAAAUACAUAAGCUGAAGUUGCAACAUGCACAAGCAACUGAAAUUCUAAACCUAGCCUGUAAGAAUCUAACAUCUUUGAAUCAGGAUAAAAAGCAAAAGAUUGCAACAGCACUGUUGACGGCGGCUAAAUUAGGAAAUGUUGAGUUUUUGUUUAAGGUAUCAACAGCAAACCCAGAAUUAACUUCAAUGGUUACCUUUUUUCAACAAAAGGGGCAUGCUUUCUUCAAUGCUGUUGAAUAUCGUCAAGCUGAGAUUUUCAACCUCUUCCGUGGGUUUCACUUUAGGAAUGUGGUCGCAGCAAUGUUAACUGAAAAGAACAAUAACUUGCUGCAUAUGGCAGCCAUGUUGGCUCCUGCUUCCCAACUUAAUCGCAUUUCUGGUGCUGCUUUGCAAAUGCAAAGGGAAUUGCAGUGGUUCAAGGCGGUAGAGUGUUUGGUAAAUCCCGGAAUUGAGCUUCGUCUAAAUAAAGAAGGGCUGACUCCUCUGGACUAUUUCAAAAAAAACCACAAAGAACUCAGGAAUGAAGGAGAGAAAUGGAUGAAAGAUACCGCAUCUUCUUGCUCAGUUGUUGGUGCUCUUAUCGUUACCAUUAUGUUUGCCGCAGCUUAUACUGUUCCAGGAGGAAAUGAUCAAACUUCUGGGUACCCAAUAUUUCUGAAGGAGAAGUUAUUCAAGGUUUUUUUAAUUUCAGAUGCAUUGUCAUUGUUUGCUUCUACUACUUCUGUGCUUACAUUUCUAGGAAUCCUUACGUCACGUUAUGCGGAAGAAGAUUUCCUCUGCUCCUUGCCUACAAAGCUGAUCAUAGGCCUUUCUUCACUUUUUCUCUCCAUUGCAACUAUGCUGAUAGCCUUUUCGGCAACAAUAAUCGUCAUGUUGGAACAUAACUCAUCACGUUUAUGGGCUUUUCUUCCUGUUAUUGUACUUGCUAGUGUUCCAAUAACAGUUUUUGUGCUGUUACAAUUUCCCCUUCUUGUUGAAAUAAUUUCUUCUACUUAUGGUUCAGGCAUCUUCAAGAAGAGGGUGGUGAGGUGGCCAUGAAAUGUGUCUGUAGUUCACAUCUUAUUAUUAUAUGUAUUUACCCCUUGAAUAUUUAUCAUGUAAAGCAGCUGGAUUUUUUUUCCAGCCUAAUUAAUUAAGGGCAUAUAAAUUGGUGGUGUUGAUCAUCUGCCUUUGCGCAUUCAGAACAUUAAUGUGUUGAUGUCUGGUUAUGCCAAAUUAAUU